AUGAAGGAUGCCAAGCCCGUCGGCGAAAGAUACGUCUCGGCCGCCACGAUGCCCAAGUUCUUCUGCGACUACUGCGAUGUCUACCUCACCCACGACAGCAUGAGCGUGCGGAAAGCGCACAACAAUGGCCGCAACCAUCUCCGCAACGUGCAGGCCUACUACGAGCAGAUAUCGAGCGACCAGACACAGCAGGUCAUCAAUAGUAUAACGGACGCGUACAACUUGGAGGGCCAGGCGAACCCGCUGUAUCAGGCGAAUCUGAGCGGAGGCUUCCCUGGAGGACCGAUGGCUGGUAUGCACGGUAUGGGUGGGCCGCCGAUGGGAAUGGGCAUGCCCGGUGGUAUGCCUGGAUUCCCGCCGCCAGGUAUGUUGAUGACGAUGUGA